AUGGAUGAAUCAAUGAAUUCUGUGCAUAGCAUAUCUGCUAUGGAUAUUUCACCUGCAUGUAGCCCAAAAAGUGCGCUCAGUCCAAUCCCAUCGAAUCAUUUGAUUCUCAAUGCAUUCCAACAGCAGCAAGAAUUACUUUCCAAUAUGUUAUUCAGCGCACCAAGUCGACAGGACUUUUCCAUAUCGAAUAAGAAUCCAAUUUCAGAGGAGCAUGAGCUGAAUUCCAAUAGCAUGUGUUUAUUUUCAACUGUAUUAUCAGAUAACCACGGCCAAGCAUUUCCCGAUGACACCACUUGCAUUCGUCAACGCACUGUAACCAAAGUCGAAUCCGUUCCGACAGUUGUCGAUUCCAUGCCGACAGCAAAAACCUGUGGAUCGAAAUCACCCCGACAAGGAUUUAGUAAACUUCUCCUUUCAAUUCCAUUGUUGAUAUGUUUUAUCUAUCUCACUGUGCAAUAUUUUAAUACACCACUUAUUGUCUUACCACGCGCAUCAAGUUGGCAAAACGCAAGCGAAUAUUUGACUCAAAACCUCAUCGGACAAGAUCAAGGUCUUAGAGAAUUCAAAGAUGCUAUGGAUAAACACAAGAAUUUCUCCAUCGUUCUCAUCGAGGGCCCGACGGGUACUGGCAAAACGUAUUUAGCUUCAUCACUUGGAAAAUUCGUGUCUACUACGUUGUUAUCUGCUAACACCCUUCUCGGCCUACCAAAACAUCACUGGAUUGAGUCAGAUCGUCUCGCAACAUAUUUGUUAUCAUAUUUAUCUCCAGCAUCCUUCCAAUAUUUAAUUAUUGACGAUUUGGAUUUGCUAAUGACCGAUGAAACCUAUUGUCAAACAUUAGCCACAGCUCUACAUUCGAUAAACGACGAAAAAAAUCUCUUCAUUCUUCUUCUUAAAACAACCACAACGAAUAAGUUUUGCUCUGAUACAUUCAAUUCAAUCCUCACCAAAUCAAUUCAAUUCCAUAUGUUGCAGCGUGAACAUAUCCGUACAUGUAUUCAAAACGAAGCUCGUACACAAAAUGUUCAACCACCAUUGAAUAACCAACAAAUCGACAAGAUUCUUAGCUCACUGAAAUAUACACAUCAAGAGGGACUGUCUUAUGGUGUAACGGGCUGUAAACGUAUCCCAUCUCUUGUGAUGUUAGCAACAAAAAAGAAUGAAAAUUGGUAG